AUGCCUGGUUUGUACCGAAUAAUAUUGAACGGUGUUAAAUCUAUACACCAUGUUUUCCAUACUAUCACACAACCCGAAACCGUUGAAGAUUCAGGGACAGCAACCCCCUUCGACAACACACGACCUGCGGAUGUCGGGUAUUAUGUGCAAUAUGGAAAUGGGACUCCUUACACUAGGGAUGAUUUUGGUGCGCAGAAUCACCCAUCCGAAGGAAUGGAGGCAGAAGUUGACAUGGUUUUCCUCCAUGAUAUCACAGAAGAUCGAGAUACCCCCUGGAAAAUUCGGGAAUCGAAAGAUUUUUGGCCGACAAAAAUUCUCGCAAAACAGUUCCCGGGCGCUCGAAUCUUCACCUACGGGUACGACACGAGAAGCUGGUUUAAUCCUAGUGACGGAAGUUGUCGGCUAGUUGAUAUUCUCGAUAGAGACAAACUCAGAAAGCAAGCCGAACGAUUAGCGAAUACCUUCCCCGUAUUCUUUUAUGACCCCUCUAAGUCAAAAGACGCCGUCAAUAAAUGGGAGGACAUACCUACCGACACUGACCAAAAUUUGAUGGAUGCAUGGUGUCUUCGGCCCAUUGUGUUCUUCGCUCAUGGUUAUGGGGGCUUGAUAUAUGAACAGAUGAUUGAAGCGGCCAUUGUGAGCCAGGAACAGGGGAAAUGCAAACUUGAAGGGCAGAGGAAAUAUAUGCGUCGGCAAGGGGCGUUCUUAUUUAAUACCCCUCAUUCUCAGGCUGGGCUUGCGGAAUGGGCCUUUAUGUCCGCGAAGCAACUUGGGAUGCCUGGGAUUGCUGAGAGUGUCCAGAAGCAGGACUGGACUGAGGCAAAGGUUGAAUUGAGACAGCUUACUGAAAUGCAAGAAUCCUUCUUCACUGCUUGUAGGGCGGAUAAACUAUAUCAUAUAGCCUGCUGCUUCGCAACGAAGGCUCUUCCUAACAGCGACCUUAUGUUACCACCAGAGUGGGCUUUAAUUCCCGAUGCCACCCCUAUUUCUAUCGAUGAUGACCAUUUUGGCAUGACCCGAUUUCGCUCUGAGUCUGAACAAGCCCCCCGAGUUAUUUCAGCGAUUAUUUCACGCUGGGUUUCAAAUGGUGCUGAUCCAUUACAAGCUAAAAUAAUCUCCCAUGGCCCAAAAAUGGAUUUCGCUCCGUCGAGCCUCGACUUGGUAUUGAACAAUAGCUGCAAACCAACAAGAGCUCUUUUUUUACCAGCGGAGAUAGACCAAACCAUGAAAGACAACGUCCGACUAGGUAGCAUUGUACGUGUUUAUUCUCCUCUGGGCUAUCACUCGUUAGAUAGAACACGGUUCGAAGUGAUCGUGUCCCCAGAGAGCUACCUGAGCUACCUGGGUUGUUUAAAUCUACCAUUGACUAUCGAAGCGACUGACGAAGCCAAAGUCAGCUACGAUACCUUAAGGGAUAAACCCGAAUGCAGCGAUUUGAACCUCUGGCGCGAACUUACUACUUUCCUCCGGCGGCGUGAAAGGCAAGUGGGAGGCAUUUUGGGAAUACCCUCCGAUGACGCCGACAAGUUUACUAGUAUCACCACAAAACAGUGGAUGCCAUCCGACAAACAACUGAUUGCUAUAUCAGGAUCGUUCGAAGAGCGACCAAAUCUAUAUAUCAUUUAUUUAAUUAAAGUUAUUAACGGCGCUUCAGUUCCAGUCCUGGAGUCUAUAAGAUCUUGGACAAGCCCGAGUCUUGCGUCUUCAAAGGCGGCUCCUGUGGGCUACAAUGGACAGCCUGGGGAUAUCCUCCUAGGCAUUGGGCUAUAUUCUUUAUGCUAG